UAUUUUUAGUGUCAUUGCAUUUUGAUAUCAACAUGAUCAUUUUGCUGUUAUUUGAAUGUAGUUUGCUUACAUUUGUUGAAUAGCAGCAGCAACAAAAUUCCGCCAGCAUUUUGAUCAGUCUAACAACGGUACAUAUUCUUUUGUUUAGCUGGUGAACAAAUGCAAAAUUAUGACGGACGGAGUAAAUGUGGGACAAAUACAAUGUACUUCAAUGAAAGGAAGAAAUGGAAAAGAUGAUGAUGGAAAAGGAAUUAGUCAAUUGCUGAAUAGUUACAGCGACAGGGAGUUCAACCUGAUUACCCAAUUCUACUGUGAGAGAUUGGAGGAUGCAAUAUUAGACUUGGUGGAGAGCAUUGCCCUGACAUUAACAGCAACUGGUUCAUUGAGCAAUGGAAAUUACGCUUAUAUCUGUAAUCUGUCAGAGCAUCAACAGAGAAAGGAAGCAACAAAACAUCUUCUGAACACAGUGACCAAAACCAAUGGCUGCAGAGAACGAAUAUUUUGGGAAACAUUGGUGAAAAUGCAAGAAUCAAAGCCAAAACUGAAACUCAUUCUGAAAGAAAUUCAGAGCAGAGGUUUUGACUUGCUUUAUAAUGCAUGCAUCGGAGAGAUGGAAGGAGAGGUAUCAGAUCACCUCAAAGGUAUACAAGAUCAACACAAGCAACACCUCCUCCACCAAACCGAGCAUGUGGUCAAACACACCAUCAAAGGAGACAGCAAAAUAACGACCAUUUCCCUCACUGAUCGAUAUACAGAGCUUAUCAUUAUUUCCACUCUGCGUGAACGGAGACUAGUGGAACAUGAGCUCCUUUCCAGAGGCAGGGAACAUGAAGAAUGGCAGCGGAAGUACGUCACCAGCGAACUUGAAAAAAUCCGGAUUGAUCAAUUAUUCAGGAGCAGUUUUGGCCACUCCAGCCUGUCUGGCACCACGGUGGUUAGCGGAGUGGCUGGCAUUGGUAAGACAACAAUGGUGCAGAGGAUGGUCCAUGAAUGGGCAGCAGGAAACAUCUAUCCUCAGUUCCAAUUUGUUCUACAUUUCACAUUUCGAAAUCUUAAUGCCAUCAACAGAGCCGUUUGUCUGACUGAAAUGGUAUUGGAUCAGUAGCC